CUCACUGGCGCGAAAAACGCACUGUGUGGCUUCUAGGCUACACAUUGUGGGGCGGACCUUGUUCCUGUUGUUCGCGCCCCGGCUUUUUGUUGCUUUAAAAAAAAAAAAUACUUGAAAAAAGUACAAACAGCGUCGAUACGCCGCAUCUUUCUGUACAGGCCUACAGGAACAACUCAAAGAGUAUUGAACUCGAACAGCUUUUAUCCGCUUGAUCUCCGUGCGCCGUUGGACACUCUGCUCUUUGGCUGCCGAGGGAUUUCAGUGCCCUCAAUUUCGCUGCGGGAUUUAGCUGAAAGCCGGUUUUGCAGGACGUUCUUCAUUUGAUCACUUCUUGGAAUAAACUUGGAUUUUAUUAUCUGGAAACAUGGAGUUCGACUGUUACCAGCACUAUUUUUUCAACGAUUUUGACACAGAGGAGGAUUUCUACAAGUCGACCGCACCGAGCGAGGACAUAUGGAAAAAGUUCGAGCUGCUGCCCACCCCUCCCAUGUCUCCCACCCGGACUCUAAGCACUGGUUCUCUGCAACUCUCACCGGGAGACAAGCUCAGCUGGCUGUCCAAAGUCCUUGGUCAGGACGAGGAGUACGAGGGGCAGUUCAUCCCCGACACGGAGGAGCUGUUCGGUAACCUCAGCUCCAUCAUCAUCCAGGACUGCAUGUGGAGUAGUUUCUCUGCCAGCAAGCAGCUGGAGAAGGUCAACGGGAGAGUGUCAGCUUCGGCACAGACCGGUGUUCCCCCGGUGGCCCAGAUCGCCAUGAGACCCAGCAAAGCGCAAUGCGUCUCUCCCGGUGGCCCGCUCGCCGCCUCGGCGACAGACUGCGUCGACCCCGCGGCUGUUCUCACCAUCCCGUCAAGCAGCUGCAGGAGGCCGGCGUCUUCUGGCUCCGAGUCUCGCUCUGAUUCCUCCGAUGAUGAUGAUGAUGAUGAUGAAGAAGAGAUCGACGUGGUCACUGUGGAGAGUAAGCAGAACCGGGUGCGGCUGGUGAAUGUCAGAAAACCAGUGACCAUCACGGUGCGGGCCGACCCCUGCCCCAAACGCUUCCACAUGUCUGUCCACCGGCAGCAGCACAACUACGCUGCCCGCUCCCCAGACAGCGAGCCAGAACCUGAUGACGAGGAGGAGGAGGAGGAAGAUUACGAGGAGGAGUAUGAGGAAGAGCCUCAAAGCAAGCGCACCUGCACAGCAUCCAGUCAGCAGCCCGGCUGUUCGGCCCGUGUCCCCCAGCCCACCUCCUCAGAGUCUCCCCAAACCUCGGACACAGAGGACACAGACCGCAGGCGGAACCACAACUUCCUUGAGAGAAAGAGGAGGAAUGAUCUCCGGUCCCGCUUCCUCGCCCUGCGGGAUGAGAUCCCCGGCCUGGAGUCAGCCAAGACCCCAAAGGUGGCCAUCCUGACCCAUGCUACAGAGUACCUCAUGGAGCUGCACACCAAGGAGAAACGGCAGCUCCAGGAGAAGAAACGCCUCCGAACCCGACAACAGCAACUUCUACGCCGAUUAUCUGAACUGAAGCACUCAUGAGACACAAACAAGUGUGCUUUUGAAAUGACCUGCCUCAUUCACAGUCUGGAACUUUUCCUCUCAAGUUACCUGUCACUUUUUGAAAAGCUACAGUUUUUAUAUAACAACACGCUCCAUGUAAAUAACUGUAUUUUAUCUGGAAUACGAUAUUGCUGUGUGAUUCCUAUGCAUUGACUGUGCUUACCAGUGAACCUGAUACGGGGAGGAGCAGAUGGUGUGCUGUUUUAUUUUUUCUUUCUUUGCACAGUGUUUUUAGUUGAGAACAGGGGUAAUGUAAUUAAUUUUUCUAGCUAUGACCAAGAUAAUUCCUGGUAUGCUGUGACGGGAAAAACUUUUAAUAGUUUACCAGUGUGAUAGUGGAUAUUUGUAGCCUUCAGGUGUAGAAAUUGGUUGAGAGGUCUUCAUUUCAUCAUUGCACACACGUGUGAAUGCUUUUCCUUUACAUAUGAGUGAGAAUGAGUCACUUCCUGGUUUGUUUUGAUUGUUUGAUGUACAGAUUGUUCUGUAAAUAAUAGCUUAUCACUCCUGAUGAAGGAGAUUAAUGGGCUUUGCUCCUUCUAUGACGUGCCACCAGGCAUCGAGGAACUCCUAUUUUGUUAAGAAAAUAUGAAAAAUCAGCAGAAAGAGGAAAAAAAUAGCACUGUACUGUACUUUAUAUUCACAUGUCACUUUGUGAUUUCAAUGCUAUCCUGACUUUGGUUGAUUUGUAAAGCAUGGUAACAUCAAAAGCAACAUUAAAUUUUUAUACCACAUUUGCAUAUAAA